GCCCACAGCGGCAACCAUGAGGUGGAGAUCUGUGUUGUGGAGCUUCCUUGCUUUAUCUGUCAUCACUUUCUCUGAGGUCCAAACCACACUGGCCUACAAUCAUGUCAGCAGCAUCUGCAGCACAUGGGGCAGAGAUCACUUCAAGACCUUCGACGGCGAUGUGUACCAGUUUCCCGGCAUGUGUGAAUACAACCUGAUCUCCAACUGCCACGACUCCUAUCAGCUCUUCUCAGUGCACAUAAAGAGAGCAGAAAAGGAUGGAAACCCGACCAUCAGCUACUUGGCAGUCACCGUCAAUGAGCUUUUGUUUCACAUCAGCAAAAGCUGGGUCACUGUCAACUAUGAGAAAGUCCCUCUACCUUAUUACAAGGGAGGAGUGCAAGUGGAAAAUAAUGCUGCUUACAUCAAGUUUCAAAGCAAAGUUGGGUUCACUGUCAUGUGGAAUGGAGAAGAUGCUGUGAUGGUGGAACUUGAUACCGACUUUGCAAACCGAACCUGUGGACUUUGUGGAGACUUCAAUGGUGUCCCAGUAUACAAUGAGUUCAUUCAUUUUGGUCGUAGAAUCAACCCCAUUGAGUUUGGCAACCAACAAAAAGCCCACCACCCAAACGAUGACUGUGAGGACCCUUAUGAGCAGGAAUUGCUGGAGGCUGUGACUGUCUCAGAUUCCUGCAAGAAAUUUGUAACUUUCUGUGAAAACAUGUUCUUGUCAGAGUCCUGGAGCUCAUGCACUAAACUGAUUGACCCUGAAGUUUACAUCCAGGCCUGUGUAAAGGACAUGUGUGGCUGCAGAAACAAUACCAAUGACUUCUGUGUCUGCAGCACGCUGUCUGAGUUUUCUCGACAGUGUUCCCAUGCAGGAGGACAGCCUCCCAACUGGAGGACAACUCACUUCUGUGCCAAAGAAUGCCCUUACAACAUGGUGUAUGAAGAAAGCGGUUCCCCUUGCAUGGAUACUUGCACACAUCAGGACACAAGUUCACUCUGUGAGGACCACAAAAUGGACGGCUGCUUCUGUCCUUCUGGAACUGUGUUUGAUGAUAUUUCUAAGAGAGGCUGUAUUCCUCAGUCUGAAUGUCAGUGCAAGCAUGACAAAAUCUACAACCCUGGAGAAAUUUACCGACAAGAUCAAGAGGAAUGCACAUGCUUUGAGGGACUGUGGGAUUGCAUCACUCUUGAAACACCGGCUACAUGUGCAGUUGAACAAGGUUCAUAUUUCACUACUUUUGAUGGGAAAAUGUACACUUUCCAUGGGGAUUGUUACUACACUCUGGCAAAGGUGGAAAGCAAGGAUGGAGCGAGCCCAAACUUCACCCUCCUGGCCCAGCUGGUGCCUUGUGCUCACCAACAGUUUGACACAUGCCUGAAGUCCCUUAAAAUCCUGCUGAACAAUGACAAAAAUAAUGUGCUUUCAUUCACCUCUGAUGGUGUAGUUCAACAAAACACGCAGAUUGUCACUUUGCCGUACCAUUCAGGAGACAUCAACAUUUUCCACGCCUCAUCCUUUCACAUCUUGCUGCAGACCAGAUUUGGGUUGCAGAUUCAGAUCCAACAUGUCCCUCUCAUGCAAGUCUACAUCAGCCUGGAACAAAGCUACAGAUCAAAGACACGUGGUUUAUGUGGGAACUUCAACAUGAUCUUGAGUGACGAAAUGAAAACUCCUCAGGGGAUCGUGGAGGGAACUGCAGCGACCUUCAGUAACUCUUGGAAGGCUAACCUCAUGUGCUCAGACAUUGAGGAAAGACUUGAUGAUCCGUGUUCCCUCAGUUUGGAAAACGAGAUGUAUGCCAAACACUGGUGCGCCUUACUUAUGAGUCCAGACAGUGCUUUUGCCCAGUGCCGAUCAGUGGUGGAUCCUGAGGUGUUUCACAAGCGAUGCAUCUACUCCACCUGUAGUUGUGAGAAGAGCGAGGCGUGUUUGUGUGCCGUCUUCUCUUCUUAUGCUCGAGCUUGUGCAGAAAAGGGAGUUUUCCUGACGAACUGGAGAGAGAAUGUUUGUGAUACAUACACAAAGAGCUGCCCGGCAUCUCAGAGCUUCUCUUACACACAUCAGAGAUGCCAGCUGACAUGCAGGUCUUUGAACGCAGAGCAGCAGAGCUGCACCUCAGACUUCCUGCCUGUGGACGGGUGCGCCUGUGCUGAGGGUCUCUACUUGAAUGAAAAUGGCCUUUGUGUUCCAGUGGAAAAAUGUUCCUGCUUCUAUAACGGCAAUUACAUUCAGCCAGGGACAUCCAUCAACAUCAGAGAAGAGCACUGUGUGUGCAAUGAUGGAAUACUUCACUGUCAUUCUUGGAGAAGCCGCAUGUCAUUGUGUCCUUAUCCAAAAGUCUACUUCAACUGUUCCUCUGCAACCACAGGAGUACUUGGACUACAGUGUGCUAAAACUUGUUCGAAUCUGGAAAGUGAUGAAUGUGUUUUCACAGAGUGUGAGUCUGGCUGUCGGUGUCCGGAUGGCCUCCUUGAAGACGGCAAAGGGGACUGUGUGAAGGAGGCUGACUGUCCAUGCAAGCAUGAUGGACGUAUUUUUGCUCCUGGAGCAGUGAUUCCUAACCUGUGCAAUACCUGCAAUUGUAAAAGUGGAAAAUGGAAGUGCACAGAGAAAAAAUGCCCAGCAUCUUGCAUUAUAUAUGGAAGUGGACACUACAACACAUUUGAUCAAAGGACUUAUGGAUUUCAGGGUGAAUGUGGUUAUGUCGCUGUCAAGAAUAAAUGUGGCAACAAAACAGCUGAGAACAACUUUGGAGUCAUUACGGAAAAUGUACCCUGUGGCUCUUCAGGAACCACCUGCUCCAAAACUGUCAGAAUUCAACUUGGACGAACAGAAAUCAAACUAAUGAAGGGUAAAUACAUAGAGGAAGAUCUGGGACAUGGUCCCCUGAUUCAGUACAGAAUAAGGAGGGUUGGAUCGUACCUGGUGGUAGAAUCAAAAAUUGGUCUGGCGGUGAUAUGGGAUCGAAAAACAGCUGUUCGCAUCCUUCUGGAGCCCGAGCACAGCGGUUUAGUGUGUGGCUUGUGUGGAAAUUUUGAUGGAAAUGCAAUGAACGACUUCACCACCCAGGGUCAGCUGAUAGUGAGCAACCCUCUAGAGUUUGCAAACAGCUGGAAAGUUCAGAGCACUUGCCCAGACAAGGAAGAGAUUGUGGAUUCUUGUGUAGCUGCACCGAUGAGACAUCAAUGGUCAAAAAUGAUGUGCAGCAUCAUAACAGGGAAUACAUUCAAAGACUGUCACCAUAAGGUUGAUCCCCACCCCUUCUAUGAUAACUGUGUGAAAGACUCGUGUGCCUGCGACACUGGAGGAGAUUGUGAGUGUUUCUGCUCAGCUGUCGCAGCCUACGCUCAGGCUUGCAAUGAGGCUGGAGUUUGUGUUGCAUGGAGAACCCCAGACAUCUGCCCUGUUUUUUGUGAUUACUACAACAGCCCAGAUGAUUGUACAUGGCACUAUAGCCCUUGCCACACACCUUGUUACAAGAGCUGUUUGAACCCUCAAGGAAUUUGUAACAACCCGAUACCUAAUCUGGAGGGUUGUUAUCCAGUAUGCCCAGAAGAUAAGCCAAUUUUUGAUGAAAAGAAUCAGACUUGUGUGGAAGAGUGUGCCUAUUGCUUGUACAAUGGGACAAUAUAUGAAGAUAAUGAAGUCAUAUACAAUCUCACUGACAAAAUGGGAAUGUGCUACUAUGCUAUCUGCAUUAAUACAACUGUGAUACGCACAAGUGAACCCUGUGCAACAAGCCCACCACCAAUUUCCCCAACUGAACCUACAACUUUAGAGCCACCGCAAACAACAAAGGUUACUAGUCCCCCGACACCAACCUCUUCAGCAACUCCAGCGCCACCUACAACCACAACUCAGGAACAAUCUACAAGCACAGGAGCUACUUCCUCACCUACACCACAACCUACAACAACCUCUGAACCCUCAACAAUCACAAUAAUUACCCAUACACCUACAAAAACUUCUACAACAACAGAGCAACCCACAACAACAUUAAUUAUUAAUACAUCCACAACAACCGCUAUGACAACACCGGAAACAUUCACAAGCUCAAAAGUUACUCCUCUAUCGACCACAACAAGUGUAACUUCUGUCACAACUCCAUGCAUUCCAACUUGUGAGUGGUCUGGCUGGUAUAAUGUGCAUGAUCCAAUGACAGACAAAAAUGACUGGGAAACCUAUGAAAACGUGACAAACAGUAAUCAAAUUAUAUGUGAAAACCCAAUGGAAAUUGAUUGUAGGUCAGCAGUUUUACCAGACAUGGACUUUGAGGAGUUUUUGAAAGAAAAUAAUCAGGUUGUAAGUUGUAAUAAAGACUAUGGCUUAAUCUGUAAAAAAGAAGACCAGCCAAUGCGCCCUGGAAAGUGUUUUGAUUACAAAUUCAGAUUAUGCUGUCCAGUAUGUGAAAUAAAAACGACACCACUCACAACAAAGAUACCUACAAAAACUCCAGAACAAUCGACAAAGACAACAGCUACUGCUUCACCCACAACACAUUCUAGCACAACUACACGUGCACCUCCAACGACGCCAACCCCAAAGCCAACUACAACCACAGAAACUACAACUGCAAGUCCCACUACGACAACUCCAGAGACGACUACACUUCCGCCUCCGUCUACCACAACUACAGAACGUCCUACAACCACAACUUCAACUCCACCUACACCAACUCCAGAGCCAACUACAACCACAGAAACGACAACUGCACGUCCCACUACGACAACUCCAGAGACAACCACAACAAAAACAACUACACUUCGGCCUCCGUCUACCACAACUACAGAACGUCCUACAACCACAACUUCAACUCCACCUACACCAACUCCAGAGCCAACUACAACCACAGAAACUACAACUGCACGUCCCACUACGACAACUCCAGAGACGACUACACUUCGGCCUCCGUCUACCACAACUACAGAACGUCCUACAACCACAACUUCAACUCCACCUACACCAACUCCAGAGCCAACUACAACCACAGAAACGACAACUGCACGUCCCACUACGACAACUCCAGAGACAACUACAACAAAAACAACUACACUUCGGCCUCCGUCUACCACAACUACAGAACGUCCUACAACCACAACUUCAACUCCACUUACACCAACUCCAGAGCCAACUACAACACAGAAACUACAACUGCACGUCCCACUACGACAACUCCAGAGACAACUACAACAAAAACAACUACACUUCAGCCUCCUUCUACCACUACAGAGCGUCCUACAACCACAACUUCAACUCCACCUACACCAACUCCAGAGCCAACUACAACCACAGAAACGACAACUGCACGUCCCACUACAACAACUCCAGAGACAACUACAACAAAACAACUACACUUCAGCCAACUACAACCACAGAAACUACAACUGCACGUCCCACUACGACAACUCCAGAGACGACUACACUGCGGCCUCCGUCUACCACAACUACAGAACGUCCUACAACCACAACUUCAACUCCACCUACACCAACUCCAGAGCCAACUACAACCACAGAAACUACAACUGCACGUACCACUACGACAACUCCAGAGACAACUACAACAAAAACAACUACACUUCAGCCUCCUUCUACCACAACUACAGAGCAACCAACUACAACCACAGAAACUACAACUGCACGUCCCACUACGACAACUCCAGAGACGACUACAUUUCGGCCUCCGUCUACCACAACUACAGAACGUCCUACAACCACAACUUCAACUCCACCUACACCAACUCCAGAGCCAACUACAACCACAGAAAUGACAACUGCACGUCCCACUACGGCAACUCCAGAAACAACUACAACAAAAACAACUACACUUCGGCCUCCGUCUACCACAACUACAGAACGUCCUACAACCACAACUUCAACUCCACCUACACCAACUCCAGAGCCAACUACAACCACAGAAACUACAACUGCACGUCCCACUAUGACAACUCCAGAGACAACUACAACAAAAACAACUACACUUCAGCCUCCUUCUACCACAACUACAGAGCGUCCUACAACCACAACUUCAACUCCACCUACACCAACUCCAGAGCCAACUACAACCACAGAAACGACAACUGCACGUCCCACUACAACAACUCCAGAGACAACUACAACAAAAACAACUACACUUCGGCCUCCGUCUACCACAACUACAGAACGUCCUACAACCACAACUCCACCUACACCAACUCCAGAGCCAACUACAACCACAGAAACUACAACUGCACGUCCCACUACGACAACUCCAGAGACAACUACAACAAAAACAACUACACUUCAGCCUCCUUCUACCACAACUACAGAGCGUCCUACAACCACAACUUCAACUCCACCUACACCAACUCCAGAGCCAACUACAACCACAGAAACGACAACUGCACUUCCCACUACAACAACUCCAGAGACAACUACAACAAAAAAACUACACUUCGGCCUCCGUCUACCACAACUACAGAACGUCCUACAACCACAACUCCACCUACACCAACUCCAGAGCCAACUACAACCACAGAAACUACAACUGCACGUCCCACUACGACAACUCCAGAGACGACUACACUUCGGCCUCCGUCCACCACAACUACAGAACGUCCUACAACCACAACUUCAACUCCACCUACACCAACACCAGAGCCAACUACAACCACAGAAACGACAACUGCACGUCCCACUAUGACAACUCCGGAGACAACUACAACAAAAACAACUACACUUAAGCCUCCUUCUACCACAACUACAGAGCGUCCUACAACCACAUCUUUAACACCACCUACGCCAACACCAGAGCCAACUACAACCACAGAAACUACAACUGCACGUCCCACUACGACAACUCCAGAGACAACCACAACAAAAACAACUACACUUCGGCCUCCAUCAACCACAACUACAGAACGUCCUACAACCACAACUUCAACUCCACCUACACCAACUAAAGAACCAACUACAACCACAGAAACUACAACUGCACGUCCCACUACGAUAAUUCCAGACACAACCACAACAAAAACAACUACACUUCAGCCUCCGUCUACCACAACUACAGAGCAUCCUACAACCACAACUUCAACUCCACCUACACCAACUCCAGAGCCAACUACAACCACAGAAACUACAACUGCACGUCCCACUACGACAACUCCAGAGACAACUACAACAAAAACAACUACACUUCAGCCUCCGACUACCACAACUACAGAACGUCCUACAACCACAACUUCAACUCCACCUACACCAACUAAAGAGCCAACUACAACCACAGAAACUACAACUGCACGUCCCACUACGACAAUUCCAGAGACAACCACAACAAAAACAACUACACUUCGGCCUCCGUCUACCACAACUACAGAACGUCCUACAACCACAACUUCAACUCCACCUACACCAACUCCAGAGCCAACUACAACCACAGAAACGACAACUGCACGUCCCACUACGACAACUCCAGAGACAACUAUAACAAAAGCAACUACACUUCGGCCUCCGUCAACCACAACUACAGAACAUCCUACAACCACAACUUCAACUCCACCUACACCAACUAAAGAGCCAACUACAACCACAGAAACUACAACUGCACGUCCCACUAUGACAACUCCAGAGACAACUACAACACAAACAACUACACUUCAGCCUCCGUCUACCACAACUACAGGACGUCCUACAUCCACAACCUCAACUCCACGUACACCAACUCCAGAGCCAACUACAACCACAGAAACUACAACUGCACAUCCCACUACAACAACUCCAGAGACAACUACAACAAAAACAACUACACUUCGGCCUCCGUCUACCACAACUACAGAACGUCCUACAAACUCAACUCUUCCUACACCAACUCCAGAGCCAACUACAACCACAGAAACUACAACUGCACGUCCCACUACGACAACUCCAGAGACGACUACACUUCGGCCUCCGUCCACCACAACUACAGAACGUCCUACAACCACAACUUCAACUCCACCUACACCAACACCAGAGCCAACUACAACCACAGAAACGACAACUGCACGUCCCACUAUGACAACUCCGGAGACAACUACAACAAAAACAACUACACUUAAGCCUCCUUCUACCACAACUACAGAGCGUCCUACAACCACAACUUUAACACCACCUAUGCCAACACCAGAGCCAACUACAACCACAGAAACUACAACUGCACGUCCCACUAAGACAACUCCAGAGACAACCACAACAAAAACAACUACACUUCAGCCUCCUUCUGCCACAACUACAGAACGUCCUACAACCACAACUUCAACUCCACCUACACCAACUAAAGAACCAACUACAACCACAGAAACUACAACUGCACGUCCCACUACGACAAUUCCAGACACAACCACAACAAAAACAACUACACUUCAGCCUCCGUCUACCACAACUACAGAGCAUCCUACAACCACAACUUCAACUCCACCUACACCAACUCCAGAGCCAACUACAACCACAGAAACUACAACUGCACGUCCCACUACGACAACUCCAGAGACAACACUACAACAAAAACAACUACACUUCAGCCUCCGUCUACCACAACUACAGAACAUCCUACAACCACAACUUCAACUCCACUUACACCAACUCCAGAGCCAACUACAACCACAGAAACGACAACUGCACGUCCCACUACGACAACUCCAGAGACAACUACAACAAAAACAACUACACUUCGGCCUCCGUCUACCACAACUACAGAACAUCCUACAACCAACUUCAACUCCACCUACACCAACUCCAGAGCCAACUGCAACCACAGAAACGACAACUGCACGUCCAACUACGACAACUCCAGAGACAACUACAACAAAAACAACUACACUUCAGCCUCCGACUACCACAACUACAGAACGUCCUACAACCACAACUCCACCUACACCAACUAAAGAGCCAACUACAACCACAGAAACUACAACUGCACGUCCCACUACGACAAUUCCAGAGACAACCACAACAAAAACAACUACACUUAGGCCUCCGUCUACCACAACUACAGAACGUCCUACAACCACAACUUCAACUCCACCUACAACAACUCCAGAGCCAACUACAACCACAGAAACGACAACUGCACGUCCCACUACGACAACUCCAGAGACAACUAUAACAAAAACAACUACACUUCGGCCUCCGUCUACCACAACUACAGAACAUCCUACAACCACAACUUCAACUCCACCUACACCAACUCCAGAGCCAACUGCAGCCACAGAAACGACAACUGCACGUCCAACUACGACAACUCCAGAGACAACUACAACAAAAUCAACCACUUCAGCCUCCGACUACCACAACUACAGAACGUCCUACAACCACAACUCCACCUACACCAACUCCAGAGCCAACUACAACCACAGAAAACUACAACUGCACGUCCCACUACGACAACUCCAGAGACAACCACAACAAAAGCAACUACACUUCGGCCUCCGUCUACCACAACUACAGAACGUCCUACAACCACAACUUCAACUCCACCUACACCAACUCCAGAGCCAACUACAACCACAGAAACUACAACUGCACUUCCCACUACGACAACUCCAGAGACUUCUACAACAAAAAAAAGUACACAUUGGCCUCCGUUUCCUACAACUACAGAACUUCCUACAACCACAACUUCAACUCCACCUACACCAACUCCAGAGCCAACUACAACCACAGAAACUACAACUGCACGUCCCACUACGACAACUCCAGAGACAACUACAACAAAAACAACUACACUUCAGCCUCCGUCUACCACAACUACAGAACGUCCUACAACCACAACUCCACCUACACCAACUCCAGAGCCAACUACAACCACAGAAACUACAACUGCACUUCCCACUACGACAACUCCAGAGACUUCUACAACAAAAAAAAGUACACAUUGGCCUCCGUUUCCUACAACUACAGAACUUCCUACAACCACAACUUCAACUCCACCUACGCCAACUAAAGAGCCAACUACAACCACAACAAUUACACCAACACCUCCCCUUACAAUCAUUACAUCCCCACUGUCAAACACUACCACAGAAUCAAUUGUUACUGGCCCCCGAAACAACCCAAACAUCUGAAACACCACCGUCAACACAAACUUCAUCAACUUCCACGACAGAGUGCUUCUGUGUUUUCAAUGGCACAGUUUAUCUGCCAGGGGAUCACAUAUUUUUAAUGCACCCCAUUGGAUCAGGCAUUUGUCUCACAAUGAUUUGCUCUGAUGUUUGUGAGAUUCAUAACAAAACUGAAUUGUGUGUGCAUACCUCAACCUCGGCACCGGCACCCUCUCCCACACCCUACAUUCCUACGUGUCCUGAAUGGGAUGUUGUUCAAAAUGAGACUUUCUUCUUGUGCGAUUGCAUUAUGGCCAGAUGCAUUGAGAACAACACAAUUGAAAUAGUUCCAUAUGAGUGUCCACCCCUCCAGAACAUAACUUGUACCAAUGGAAAGAAACCAGUUCUUGUGUAUGACGAGCACCACUGCUGCCAACAUUAUGUUUGUGACUGUGUAUGCGAAGGCUGGGGAGAUCCUCAUUACAUCACAUUUGAUGGGUUAUACUACAGUUAUCAAGGAAAUUGUACUUACAUUUUGAUGGAGGAGAUCACAGCAAAACAUCAUUUGAAGAUCUAUGUUGACAAUGUGUUUUGUGAUCCCACUGAAGACGUUUCUUGUCCAAGAUCAUUAACGAUAGCAUAUGGAUUUCAAGUUGUCACACUCAUCAAUCAUAACCUUGUCGGAGCUCCACAAUUAGAGGUAUUAAAAAAUGGUGAAAAAUUGAAACUACCCUAUUCACAACAAGGUAUUAAGAUUAUGAGUUCUGGUAUUAACCUGGUUUAUGAGAUCCCUCUCCUAAAUGUAGUUGUUACAUUUGGAAUGACUGGCUUUAGUGUCAACCUUCCAUAUCAGUACUUUGGGAGCAACACGCAGGGUCAUUGUGGGACAUGCACCAACAAUCAGGCCGAUGACUGCAGAUUGCCGACAGGCGAACUGUUGGAAAAUUGUGCAGUGAUGGCAGACUACUGGCCAGCAAAUGACAUUUAUCAGCCUAACUGCCCAACACCACCUGUCGUACCCACUCAAGUUCCUGAACCGCCGCUAGAACCAACUCCAUGCAAGCCAGAUUCCAUUUGUGAUCUGCUGAAGAGCAGUGUUUUUGCAGAAUGUCAUCCGUUGGUUUCCCCAGACAAUUUCUACAAAGGUUGUGUUUUUGAUAGUUGCCAUGUUUCAAAUCCUGCAGUAGAGUGCACAAGUUUGCAAACUUAUGCUGCUGCCUGUGCUCAGGCUGGAAUUUGCAUCCACUGGAGAAACCACACCAAAAUAUGUGCUAGUGACUGUCCAUCAGACAAAGUUUAUAAACCUUGUGGCCCUGCAGAACAGCCCACUUGUCAGGACGGUGCCAAAGAACCAACCAUAAAGUUUGUUACUGAGGGUUGCUUCUGUCCUGAUGGAAUGAAACUCUUCAACAAAGAGUCAGGAAUAUGUGUUGAAAAGUGUGGUUGUCUCGAUCCUGAAGGCAUUCCUCGAGAGUUUAAUGAGAGGUUUGAGUACAAAUGCCAGGACUGCAUUUGUGACGAGGCUACCAAAACUGUGAUUUGCAAACCAAAGACUUGCCCAGCACCACCCAUUGCUAACUGCACUGAUCCAGGAUUUGUUGUUGUGAACCAAACCAAUCCUGCAGAUCCCUGUUGCUAUGCCUACAUUUGUCAAUGCAACAUCAACAAAUGCCCAGUAAGCAGCAUGAACUGUCCGGUUGGAUACAAACCAGUCAUCGGUGUUCCAGAGGGAAAAUGCUGUCCAGAACAUACAUGUGAGCCUAAGCGAGUUUGUGUCCACAAGGAUGUUGAAUACCAGCCUGGUUCCUCGGUUCCUGCGAAUGCAUGCCAGGAUUGUACCUGCAGCAACGAGGUCGACCCAAAAUCUGGUCUGUUUAAAAUAGUGUGUGUGUUUCAACAAUGUAAAGAAACCUGUGAGCUGGGAUAUGAAUAUGUGGAAACUGACUCUUAUGACUGCUGUGGAACGUGUGUACAGAAACAAUGUGUUCUGAAUUUAAAUGGUACCAAGCAGCUCUUGAAUGAAGGACAAACCUGGUCACCGCCUGAAAACAUGUGUGAGUACUACACCUGUCUGAGGAGUGGGGACAAACUAACUGCCCUAAGUUCACACAUCGUUUGCCCGGUUUUCCAGCAGAGUAACUGCCAGCCUGACACAAUUCAAACAGCUGCAAAUGGCUGCUGUAAAACCUGUGUGGAGAUAGACAAAGCCUGCAAACUGGUGAGCAUGAAAACUCGAAUUUCGCGCCACGGCUGUCAGUCUGAACACGAGGUGGAAAUACCGUACUGUGAAGGAUCUUGCAACACGUUCACAAAGUACUCUGAAGCGGCAGCUGCUAUGGAACAUUCUUGCUCCUGCUGCAAGGAAACGCGCUCCAGCAAUCGCACCGUCGAUUUGCUGUGCUUGAAUGGAGACAAGCUCCCACACACCUACAUUUAUGUGGAGGAGUGCGGCUGCGGCCAGACGGAGUGCACCACAACUGCAGGGCUGUCUGCUCGCAGAAAACGAAGAUCCACGCUGCUGUGACACAGUCGUCUUUCAGAACUAUACUGAAUGUUAGAAGUGUUUUGUCUUGUACCACUCUAGCAAUAUUAGAAGGUAAUUUACCACUGAUGUGGAUUAUUUAUCAACUAAUCAAAUAAAAAUAUGCAACUGA